GAGGUGUUUUGUGGUGAGGAAGGCCUCCGUGGGUUUAAGGGCACGAGUGUCACCCUCUCUGUGCAUUUCAGGUCCCAGAACUGCAAGAGAAGGUUUCUGUGUCUUCAUUGUUCCAGAGGAUAAAUCUGAGGAUACAGAUCACUACUACAGCCGCUCCAAAGAACUUCUUAGUGAAGAAUCAUGGCACUUGCAGGACUCCUGAAACAAGACAGCAUUGCAGCAGCUAUCCAGGCUUGUCAAGCCCCAGGAACAUUCAACUACAAGUCGUUUUUUGAACAAGUGGGGCUGAUAGGUAAAGCCUCUUCCGAUGGGGAGAAGGUGUUCAAGGCCCUGGACCAGGACAAGAGUGGAUUCAUUGAAAAAGAGGAGCUAAAACGCUUCCUCCAGAACUUCUGCUCAGGGGCCAGAGAGCUCACAGAGGCAGAGACCAACACCCUCCUGGCAGCUGGGGACAGUGAUGGAGACGGCAAAAUCGGGAUGGAAGAAUUCUGCUCCUUGCUGAAAUGAAAAUGUGGAGAUUGUCUUGAAUGACUUGACUUCAUUUCACAAUUCUCUCUUAUUUAUUUGCAUGUAUUAUUUGUGAUUCGUUUUUUUUUGUGAGUUGCUAAUUUAAAUAUGUUUAGUAAGUCUUUGUAGUAAAUGUGCAAAUCAUGAUUGGGAACAAAAUUAAAACUUGCUUCUUUAACUAUAGAGAUCAUAGAAAAUGAAACUGCUCAAUAAAGUGAAGUCUCCAAGUAUGGGAAUUCUUUUAUCCA